GUGAGAAAAUUGAGACACAGAGAGGAAGUGUAACAUGCUCCAGUCCCUAUUUAAGAAGGUGGUAGAUCCAGGAUUCUGAGCCCAUUCCUUCAGCACCCACCACUCAGGAAGCUGCUCUUGCGAUCUGCCUCCUGCAGUAUCAGCGGCAGAAGUAAGAGGAAGCCUGAUGUGCUGGUCAGUUCCAUGUUGGGGGUUCUUCACUGGAGCGUCCACUGACGGGAAAGGAAAACGACUGCUCCUUGCGGGCGGCUGCAGCCGUGGUACCGGGGCAGGACGUGCUCUCCCUGCUGUGGACAUGAAGGUGAAGGCGAUGUUCCGGACCAGGAGGGAGCCUGGCUGGAAACAGUGCAGAGCUUGUCUUCUUAAAAACUUCUGUGGAGUCAGAUAGAGCCACUAAUGCAAAGCCAUUUCCUUGGUCUACACUUGAGGACUCUGCUACAUGGAACCACCAAGCAAUUUGUGACCUAGAUCUGAUGAAUUGUCUGUGAAGAAAGAGGUUCUUCACCGAGACUGUGAGAGUGUAAAGUGAAUCUCUUGAAGUUUUGGAGUGGCAGUCAAAACACGGAUGAAUCUGAAGACCAAGAGAUGAGCUACUGAGCAGUUUAUGGCCAAGCAAAAACCCACAGAAAUGGUGUUACCUGGCAGGAGAGCUGGACUCUUAUGAAAAAUCUGACCAAGCCCCUACGCCGCCUGGAGGAAAUAAACAUCAUCACUGCCAGCUGCGCGUAAACUCUCUGAAGUUGGAGCUCACUCCGUUCAGAAUCAUUCACAGCUAGGACACUUAAGUCCUGGAGGAUUUAUAUCACGUUCUGGAGUGAAGAGUGGGGACCUGGGGUCUCGAUCCUCACUUAGCCUCUGACCUCACUGUGUGCUGAAUCAUCGGGCUGCAGGUCCCAAGCUUAUUGAUGGUGUCUCCUGACGAUUUUUCUGCCAGAGUUCUAAACCAGCGAAGCCAAACCAAAGAGCAGAGCUGUUGGAGGAGUACAGCAAGAAAGCAGAAUUUCAGAGUGGGAUAGCAGGUCUUCAGUGUGAAGAUACGUCAGCAUUAAACCAGGAUUCAUUGACAGUGACAUUUGGGUACAAAGAGUUGGAAAAACAAAUAACUGUGAAGGUUGAUCAUGGAAAUCAAAGAAGAAGGAACAUCAGAAGAAGGCCAACACUUCCUUCCCACACCCCAGGCAAAUGAGAGUGGUGACUUCCAGUUGACAGGUAUUCAGAAGACACCAAAUGAACCACCGUUGGAAUUCAACCUUGCAUGCAAGGAUCUGGUGGCUCCCGUCCGUGAUCGGAAGCUGAACACCCUGGUGCAGAUUUCGGUGAUCCACCCCGCGGAGCAGGGGCUGAUAAGAUACUGCAGCACGGAGAUCGUGGAGGGAACAAGGGACCCACUGUUUCUGACGGGUGUCACAUUCCCAUCUGAGUAUCCCAUCUAUGAGGAGACCAAAAUAAAACUCACAGUCUAUGAUGUCAAGGAUAAGUCUCAUGAUACUGUUCGAACCGGUGUCCUACAUGAACAUAAGGAUCCCCUGCCAGAGAUUGGGCGAAGCUUCCUGGGCUGUGCCAGUUUUAAAGUGGGGGAUCUACUGAGGUCCAAGGAGCAGCCGCUGGCCCUGAGCCUGAGAACUUCAGAUGGUGGCAAAGUCGUCGGCACCAUAGAAGUCAGCAUCGUGAAGAUGGGGGAGAUCGAGGAUGGUGAAGCCGACCACAUCACGACAGAUGUGCAGGGACAAAAGUGUGCACUGGUGUGUGAAUGUUCGGCCCCAGACGGUGUGAGCGGAAAAGACAACUCACCUUUUCUGAGUGCAGUGUUAAAGAACCCGGUGUGCAAACUGUAUCGAUUUCCCACGUCCGACAAUAAGUGGAUGCGAAUCAGGGAGCAGAUGUCUGAGAGUGUCCUUUCUUUCCACAUUCCUAAGGAACUGAUCGCGCUGCACAUAAAAGAAGAUUUGUGUAGAAACCAGGAGCUAAAAGAACUUGGUGAACUUUCUCCACACUGGGACAAUCUACGGAAAAAUGUCCUCACUCACUGUGAUCAAAUGGUGAACAUGUACCAAGACAUUCUGACCGAACUCAGCAAGGAAACAGGGUCCUCUUUCAAAUCAAGCAGCAGCAAAGGAGAAAAAACAUUAGAAUUUGUUCCAAUAAAUCUACACCUGCAGAGAAUGCAUGUCCACAGCCCGCACUUGAAAGAUGCUCUCUAUGAUGUUAUCACGGUCGGAGCUCCAGCUGCCCAUUUUCAGGGAUUUAAGAAUGGUGGUCUUCGGAAACUACUCCACAAAUUUGAAACAGAAAGAAGAAAUACUGGAUACCAGUUUAUUUACUAUUCACCUGAAAACACAGCCAAAGCAAAGGAAGUCCUCAGCAACAUCAAUCAACUACAACCUCUGAUAGCGACCCAUGCAGACCUGCUGCUUAAUUCUGCAAGCCAGCAUUGUCCAGACAGCCUGAAGACUUCUUUAAAGAUGCUUUCGGAAAAGACGGAGCUUUUUGUUCACGCGUUUAAGGAUCAGCUGGUCAGAAGCGCUCUGUUAGCACUUUACACGGCCAGGCCUGGCAGUGUCCUUAAAAAGCCACCGUCUCCUAAGAGCAGCACGGAGGAGAGCUGUCCCCAGGACCCACUGCCACCGAUGAGGAGGCAGGACUCCAUACCCCAUCACUCAGACUACGACGAGGAGGAGUGGGAUAGGGUGUGGGCCAACGUGGGGAAGAGCCUGAACUGCAUCAUCGCCAUGGUGGAUAAACUGCUGGAGGGCGAUGGUGGCGAAGAGAGCGGUGACAACAAAGAGGGAGAAGGGGACCUUGCCGCCGUGGACGCCAUUGUGACUCACCCACGGGAGGACUGGUAUGAGCAGCUGUACCCCCUCAUCCUCACGCUGAAGGACUGCAUGGGCGAAGUGGUGAACCGCGCCAAGCAGUCCCUGACCUUCGUGCUGCUCCAGGAGCUGGCCUACAGCCUGCCCCAGUGCCUGGUGCUGACCCUGCGGAGGGACGUGGUCUUCAGCCAAGCACUUGCUGGAUUGGUCUGUGGUUUUAUCAUCAAAUUACACACAAGUUUGCAUGACCCUGGCUUCCUGCAGCAGCUUCACACAGUGGGAUUGGUCGUGCAGUACGAAGGGCUGCUGAGCACCUACAGUGACGAAGUCGGAAUGCUGGAGGACAUGGCUGUUGGCAUUUCGGACUUGAAGAAAGUCGCGUUUAAAAUCACUGAAGCCAAAUCCAAUGACGUCUUGCCAGCGAUCACAGGGAGGCGUGAACAUUACGUGGUGGAGGUGAAGCUCCCGGCGAGGAUGUUCGAGUCUCUACCUCUGCAGAUCAAAGAAGGGCAGUUACUCCAUGUGUACCCCGUGCUUUUUAACGUCGGAAUCAAUGAACAGCAAACUCUUGCUGAGAGGUUUGGAGAUGUUUCUUUGCAAGAAAGUAUUAAUCAGGAAAAUUUUGAACUUCUCAAAGAAUAUUACACGAUAUUUAUGGAAAAGAUGCCUCCUGAUUACAUUUCACAUUUUCAAGAACAAAAUGAUUUAAAAGGAUUAUUAGAAAAUCUCCAUCAAAAUAUCCAAGCCAAGAAGAGGAAGAAUGUGGAAAUCCUGUGGCUGGCUGCAACGAUGUGUCGCAAGCUAAAUGGUAUUCGUUUCACCUGUUGUAAAAGUGCCAAAGACAGGACGUCGAUGUCAGUGACCCUUGAGCAGUGCUCCAUCUUGAGAGACGAGCACCAGCUGCACAAGGACUUCUUUAUCCGAGCGCUGGACUGUAUGAGAAGAGAAGGAUGCCGCAUAGAGAAUGUCCUGAAGAAUAUCAAAUGCAGAAAGUAUGCUUUCAACAUGCUGCAGCUGAUGGCCUUCCCCAAGUACUACAGACCUCCGGAGGGGACUUACGGGAAGGCCGACACCUAAGCUUGCCAACAUGUAAAUAAACAGAAACACAAAUACGCUUCAAUUGGAUACUCUCUACCUUUUAUUCUUUCUUUCUUUUUUCUUCUUUUUUUUUUUCAUUGUCAUGAAUUUGUGGAAAGAGAUGAUCAGGGCUGUGUGCCCAAAUCUAGGAAUUACUUGCAUCAGUUAUCAGCAUACCACUCUGAAAGAAAUCCAUUUUGAACAACUUUACAUGCUAGUGUCCUUCCGAGUGCUGAGUGUCUACGUGUGGCCUCUCGCUGGUUGAGAUCAGCUCGGAACGGGUCCCUCUCGUGCGUGGAGUGUUUGCUCGAAAGGCGUGCUGAGGAAAGAGGUGCCACGGAGGAUGCGAGGUGGCCCGGGGAGCGGCGCUGUCCCUCCAACAGGAAGCCAGGAGGGUGGGGGGGAGGGACGUUGUGAUGCCAUUUCACAGUUUUCCUCACGCAUGCCCUUAGAGCUCAUUUCUGGGCUUUCAAGCAUAUUUUUCUAGUGAGUUGAAAUUAGGUGCCAUCAGCUCAUGGCUUUGGUUACAGGACAUUUACAGGUGCGCCUGUGAAGAUUUGUCAUCCAGUCGAGACGUGACUACUCCUCCCGGACAGGUGAGCAGUGCUAGUAAAGCAGUAAAAAUACUUUUGAAAAACGUGGACUCUUUUCAAAGCCCUGCCUUGGGUUGUAUGGCCCUGCUGUAAAAUGCACGAGAGAAAGCUUAAUGGGAUAAUGAGCAAAAGACUUCGAGGAACGGAAACGUCGAGGAAACAGAAGAUGGUCAGCCUGUCACGUCCAAAGCGAAAAUCCCCAUCGGCCUGAGCUCUGUGUGGUUAAGAUCAUGACGGUCAAGAAGAUGCCUCUGAGGUCUUUGCCAGCAGUCACCUUGGUACAGAGUAUAGGUGGUGUAAGUAUGCACCGCCUGGCGUAGAAUAGUAUGUGUGAUAAACCUUCUAAAACAUAUGCCAUCAUAACUAACGACCCACCAAAGCAAUGAUUUCUGUUAACCUGAAUUUCAAAUUUGUCCUUACUCAGGUAAAAGGAACACCUUAAAGUGUCCACCACUUUACAUUGGAAGCUGCCUGAGAGACUACCUUGUGUAACACCUUCCUGGGUGGGUAAACAGCAGCACAGGAACGUACGCCUCCGAUCUCAUAGCCAGAUCAUUUUAGAGCCAGGAUUAUCAUCUCUUCGUCCCUUCCUUCCCGGGGGUUCGUCUAUUCUCCAAAUCGCUGUGCCAAAUAUACACGAAAAUUACAGGAGAGUUAACUAGAAAUAGAGUUAAUUAACUAGUUAGUGAAAUAGAAAUUGACAUUUCUUCCUGGGAUUAAAACUUAGAUGACACCACUCUGACCAACUGAAACCUCUUUUCUCCAAAUUUUAAGGCUGUAUUAUUUUUCCUUCCUCAUCAGAGCAGCACGCCAUGGAGAGCACACCUCUCCCUUGGAAACGCCAGGGGCUUGUUGCAAAGACAUCUUAGUUAUGAGCGCGUCCAGUGGAGGGCGUGAGGGGCUUUCUCGUAGCUAAUGCAACGGCUCCUUGACUAAGACACUUGCCAACAGAAGGAUUCCAAACAGAUCUCUAGGUUCAUGAGUUUUUUCAAAUUAAUAUGAAUUUUAGAUACCCUUUGGGGCUUCUAAUACUAGAAUUGUCAAUCUAUUAUUUUAGCUGACUGUGGGCAUCAUAUGUGAGGCAGUUGCUGAAGGCUAUUCUCACACAGGCUGUGCGCUGUGGAUCUAUUCAUGGAUCAGUCAUCUCGGUGUUUUUUCUUAGACCCCGUUCUCCAUUUCAGUGAUUAAAAUAAUCUUGAAAUUGUUCAGUCGUUUGAAAAUGGUAGGAUGUGUGGUCAUUUUCAUUGUCCCAUUGGGUUUAAGAUAAAAAGGUUGGGAAAGGAGAGGUUUCCUGGAAUAACUUUAGUAUCUCAAGUGGUCUGAGUUCCAAGAGGCUGAUUCACUGUCCUGUAAACACUCUUACAAACAAGAAUUUUUGGUUGCAUUUGUUAAAAUGAGAGCUCUCGACUCAAGUGUGGCAAAAAUAUUUAACUAGAAAACCAAUAAUAGGGUUAUUUUUAUUUUGGGAAGACAUUUCAAAGAUUUUUUUCUUUUAUAGUAAGGAAUACUCUAGAUGCUGCAAAGGGCAGACAUUACUGUGCUACAAAUGCAUAUGAAUUUUUGUUUAUUAUUAACAUAGCCAUCUGCAUUUCCUGACAGAAAGCCAAUAUUUGUACAUACGUUUAAAUGUGGAUUUCAUCAAGGAAAUUUGUGUUUCAUACCAACAACAACAUUGCCCCUUUUCUAAGAUAUAUUCCAAGCAUUCUUGGAAACAGCUUCAUUAUUUCUUAAAUUAUUAAGGCUUUCUAAAUCAAAGAACCGAGAUUAAGCAAAUCAUUUUUAAAUCUUCUUUGUGCAGACACAGCCUUGAUCAUGGUUUUCUAACUACGUUUUCAUUUAAAAUAUACAAUCACCAGCAGGCUGAUUUUACGAGAUCACGUCAACCAGAAAAUGACAUUUCCAAACGAGAUAAUUUUUUGCUCAAAAAUAGUUCCCCUCUAUUAUCAUCAAAUGCAGAUAUCAAUUCUGUAUUCACUAUCGACAGUCCUACAGAAAACAUAGUUUAAAACAAGUGAAGGUGAAAUCCUGAUUACCUUUGUUCCAGUGACAGAAGGUCGAGGGUCUAGAAAUGUCCCACAGAGCAGCAGGUCGUGAACAUUUGAAGUUUUUGUUUGAAGCAACCCCACCCUCAGGGGCACCCUCUCAUUUAUUACUCAUGUCGGGGUUUUUUUCUUGUAAAUAUUUCCAUAAGUGUGUCUACAGUCUGCCAAAACAAUCCCUUGAUGUAAAUAUUUUGCUCAGUCCAGUUAUCUGAUGAGUCAGAGUGGUCCUUGGAUACAGUGGACACAUUGUACUCAGUUGUACUCAAAUGUCCAGUUACAUCAGUAUGCCAUGUACCUUACCUCCAGUGCUUACUUUAUGAGAGUAGCACCUUUUCUUCUGAAAACUAUAAAGUCCUAAAAGCUAGCAUCUGCAGGGAGGACACUCCCCUUUUCUUCCCCUCAACUAAAACGGUUUUGCAUAAAAUACGACUCAAGAUGGAAAAGAAAGAGGUUUGUGUAGACUGAUCAUUUCCUUCGCAAGCAAAUCAAAACCCUUCCAUACGUGGGGUUUGAUACGUGCCAAGAAGAGGUUGUACCAAUGGUGUGCUGGAACUGGCUUGUGCUGACGCAUGACCAUGGAUCGUGAAUUUUUCUGGAAUUGUAUGAGUUCGUUGUUAAACACAACCAUCAAAACUACCACUUCCUAAAUAUUUUGCUACAUUUUUCAAUGUAUGUCUACUCUUGAGGUUAGAUCCAUUGUAUCUGCAGCAGAAACACUGUUCCACAUUAUAGAGUACUCCUGUGCUGCUCCUCCUGGCUCCGCGUUGAGUAACAUCUCAUCAGGAGCUUGAAAUUGACCACAGUGGGUGGAUUUACACCAGCGACAUAGUCAAAGGCUACAAAUUACCGCCUUUGAUUCCUGGAACUCCAGUUGUUAAGUAUUUCCUGGCACACAGACUGAAUGCCACCAUCACUUUUUGUCUGGAAAAUAAAUAAUUGGAAACAGUAUAAAAUUAUUAAAAUGGUAUAAAGUGCAAUCACUCAUCUUCAGAUGGCUGCGACUACGCUUCAGUGUUUAACCUCUCUGAAGACUCUUAAGUUCUUCGUAACAUUUGAUGUUUAUAUUUUAUUCAUAAUUAAAUUAUUUAGUCAUAGAGAUGUGUUUUAAAACGUGGUGUCUGGCAAGGGAAGUCUUGGCCAUGCAGCAUCAGUGUGAGCAAUAACAACUCCAGGCUACAUUUGGGCAAAUGCUCACUUAAUUAGACAAUCAGUGAAAAUGUGCUUCUGUACCAAUUUUUAAGUUUAUAUUUUUAGCCUUUGCUAAAAGCAGGGGGAAAAAAUAGCAGCAUAUGACUGUGCCCAGAUUCUAAUUAAUACAGCUCAAUUGAAACCCAAACUGUUAGAUUAAACAAAUUAAACCCUGGCAUUAUGCUGUCACCACAGACGUUUUAAGUGUCUGACUUCCAAAUAGGAUGGUGCAUCCGUUGUUAAAUUCCAUAUACGGGGUGCAUGUGUGAUCUCGUAGGAAAUCUAAUAACUCGUAUCACAAGUUAACAAACUGGUCCGAGGCAAAUUGUAAUCAGCAGCUAUGAAAGGAAACAAACUUGUUGAACCAAGAUGUCCUUAAAACUGGAGACUAUACAGAUCAAGCCCUGUGGAGGAGAGUUAUUUGCUGAGAAUGGUGUCAUUGAUGGAAAACUUUAGUGUGAAUUCACAUUCAUUUAGCCAGCUGCAAUCUGCAACACCUAUGCUUUUCUCCCCUUAUUCAUGUUUCAUUGCUACAUAAAGUUCCAACAUAUUAUAUCUUUGGUUUCUUUGGCAGUUUUAAGUUAGAACUUUCCAGACAGAUGCUACCUAUAGUUAAAAACUGUCUUCCAGAACAGCAAAAUAAAAGGAAUGUUUUAUAUAAAAGAUUGCUAACCAAUUAGGUACAGAGUUAAGGUUUGGAAACUUGGAUGUUUACCUUCUGAGUCAUAGUGCACAUUAGGCCCUCUUUGAAUCUUAUUUCUAAGCAAGUAAGAAAAAGCCUAAAACAUGUCUGAUGUCAAAGAAACAAAUCAUAUCUGGCUACUGGUACCAAGGAAGUAGGAAAAAAUUGUAAGGUAAUAAUAACCAAAAUAAAGUGUGUGCAAUAAGCUCUCCUGAGCUUGAAUUUUUAUAGUUUACGUGAAUGUUUAUAAUUUUAAAAUAAAAACGGAAAACAAGACUCACAAUUAAGUAGUGUGCACAGAGAGAGAUAAUAUCAAGGGAGAGAAGACCUGAUAUAAGUGACCACAUCUUGCUUGUCUUUUAGUAGAUGGAGUUAUUUAAGAUGUUGCAUGUUCACACUCAUAGCGUGAAUACAUUCACAGUCUUCCUAAAAUCAUCGAAAUUAUUCCAGGGGACACAAUCCAACAGUCCAUCUUUAAUGAUGACUCGGUGCGGUAUUGUUAACCAGCAAGCAAUAUUGACUCACAUAUUGGCAAUAUUAUCUAUAUAGUUCUGUGAUGCUUUUAUAUCACUAUCAAUAUUAAAAAAAAUACUUCAUGUUAAGUGAACUCUCAGACUUUUAAAAGACACACUCCAUGUGUCUAUAACUAUGUAAGACACCCAUUUCACUGCACACGUGCAACCUUUGCACGCAUAUACUUCUCAUGUGAAUAUCUUACUAUUUUAUUUAACAUCUAAUUUUCAGAUUCUUGUGGUACUUAUCUGAAAUGUUGGCAUUUGUUUUCUUUCUGUGUUAAAUAUAUAUUCUAGAUGAACUAAUUAUAUGUAUCCCUAGGCAAUGAUGCACAAAUAGGUUAGAUCAUUUUAUAUUUACAUUUGAAGAAGUGUCAUUUUGCUUUAU